AUGGAGAACAGAAAUCUUUAUAUCUAUGCAAAAAAGUUUAAUUUACAUUAUCCAGAAACACUUGAUGAAUUAAACUUUCAUAUUUUAAGUAAUCCGUUAUUUAAUUUAAUGGAAAAAAAAGCUUUUUUUCUUGAUAUGUGUGAUUUAAAAAAAGAAAAAAAAAAAUUUUUGUUUGAGGAAGAAGAAAAUAUAAAAGAUAAAGACAAAAUAAAUUUAUUAAAUACAUAUUAUAGUGAUAAUGAACGUCUAUUAUAUUCUCUAUUAGCUUCAUUAAUAGAAAAUAAAAUAUACUCUUUCGAAGGAUAUAUAAUUUCAUCAUUUGUGAUAAAAUUAAAUUCUUCUUAUUAUAGUGCAUGGAUAUAUAGAAGAAAAUGCUUAAAAAAAUUAAAUUUAAAUAUUUUAAAUGAUUUAAAAUUUACUAAAUUCAUAAUUAGCGAUAAUAUUAAAAGUUUUCAGAGUUGGUUUCAUAGAAGAUGGCUUGUUGAAUAUAUUUAUAAAUUUAAUGAAAAAGAAGAAAAGAAAAAGGACAAGAAAGAAAAGAAAAAAGAAAAUGAAAAAGAAAAAAUAAUAAAAAAUAAUUGUGAAAAUGUGUCAGAUUCAAAGACAGAGGUUCCUGAUGAUUACUUCGAUGAUGAUUACAAUUUUAUGAGUGAUAAUGAAAAUAACAGUAUACCAAAGGAUGAAUAUGAUGAUGCUUUUAAUGAAGGAUUUAUUAGUAAUUGUGAUGAAAAAGAUUUUGAAAUAAAAAAAAAUAACAUUAUUUUAUACGAAGAUUUACAAAAUAUAAUAGACAAUUGUAAUUUUUUUAAAAAUGCAAUAAAACCGAAUGAAAUAAUUAAUAUAAAUGAAUUUUUAUAUGAAGAAAUGCUUUAUAAUAACUGUGAUAUAUUUAUUGAUACAAAAAAUUAUAAUUCGUGGGCUCAUAAAACUUGGCUAGUUGAAAAAUUUUCCAUUUUUAAAAAUAAAUACCUUUGUGAAAAAUAUAAAAUUUUGCUACAUGAAAUUAAUUUUAUUAACUAUUUUUUAAAAAGCGAUAUAUAUAAUAAUUCCGUAUGGGUAUACAGGUAUUUUUUGUUUAAUAAAUUAAAAUAUAUGAAUCAAAUAACUAAACUAGAAAAAGAAAUUACUUUAUGUUUAACUUAUUCCAAGCAAUUUUAUGAUAAUGAAUCCCUUUUUAAUUAUUUUCUCAAUAUAUUAUUUAAAUAUAUAGAAUUAUAUAAAAAACAAGAAAAAAAAAAUAUACAAGAUAUUUUUGAUAUAUCUAUUGUUCAAAAUAUUAAAAAUGAAUUGACAGAUUUACAAAAAAAAUCAAAAUUUGUUUUACUUUUCUUAUCUCAACUGUAUUGUUAUAACAAAUCCUAUUAUGAAGUAAUAAAGUGCUACAGAUAUCUUGAAAAUAAUGACGAUUUCAACGAUCAAGUUUGGAGAUAUAAAAUAGAAGAUGCAGAAAAAAAACUUAAAGCAUAA